AUAGGAAGAGGAGCCUCGGGUGAAGUCAGGAGAGCCGAUUACAUGGGGAAGAAAGUUGCCGUUAAGACCUGGCGCGACCUUGGCUCCGAGGAGGGCAAGGACCUGCUCAAGGAGAUCGGCAUGAUGAGCCAUGCCUUCCGGCACAAGAACGUGGUGGACUUCUACGGCAUCUACGAGCACGACGGGCUGCCGUGGCUGGUGAUGGAGCUGAUGCCGGGGGGGAGCCUGGAGCAGUACUACGAGGCCAAGAAGAAGUCGCGACGGGACGGGCGCUGGCGGCCCGAGACGAGGAGGGCAGUGUCGUGGGUGGAGGACAUCCUGAGCGCGCUGGCGUACCUGCACGCGCAGAAGCCGCCGGUGAUCCACCGAGACAUCAAGCCGGCCAACAUGCUGCUGACGGAGGACGGGAGGACGGUGAAGAUCGGGGACUUUGGAGUGAGCAGGAGAUGCCCUCACUCGCUUAGAAACGGGGCGGUCGGCACUUACCGGUACAUGGCGCCGGAGAUCUUCCGGGGAGAGGGUCAGUACACGGCGGCGGUGGACGUGUACUCUUUCUCGCUGGUGAUGUGGUACAUCUUC